GGAACAGGGCAGCCAGCCCCUGUCAUCGAUAGCGGAGCGAGUGAUUGAUCUGUAAGUGUGUGUGUGUGUGUGGAUUAGUUGCGUCUGAGGGCGCGUUAGGAACAUGGCAGCUUCCUUACAGUCAGGUGUUGCUGCUGCUGCUGCGAGGAAUUUGCUGACACGCAUUCAUUCCAGAUUACUCGCAUCAUGCAGCAUCGUCCCUCAGUCCCUCUUACACACCAGCCUUGCUCUGCCUGCAAAGAACUGGGAAAGGAAGAACCGAGUGCUUUACCCUCCACAGCUCCCACAUGAGCCUCGCAGACCAGUGGAGAUUUACCACUGCAGGAGGCAAAUCAAGUACAGCAAGGACAAAAUGUGGUAUCUGGCAAAAAUGAUCAGAGGGAUGACCUUUGACCAAGCUGUUGCCCAGCUGCAGUUCAAUGACAAAAAGGGAGCAAAGGUUAUGCUGGAGGUUCUUUUGGAAGCUCAAGAAAUAGCGGUGAGGAACCACAACCUGGAGUACAGGUCAAACCUGUACAUAGCUGAGUCAUUCUCGGGUAAGGGCCAGUACCUGAAGAGGAUUCGAUACCAUGGCAGAGGGAUGUUUGGCAUCAUGGAUAGAGUCUACUGCCACUACUUCGUCAAGCUGGUGGAAGGAAGACCCCCAGUGGAGAAGGAGACCACCGGCUUUGACCAGGCCAAGGAGUACGUGCAACAGUUGCGCAACAGAACCAUCGUUCAUGCACUAUAAUGAGGCCACAUGGGGCCUGACAUGGCACUGUUACCCGUGGGCUGGCCCAGCAUACCAGUGUAACAAGGCUGUAUCAGGCUUGUAAGAUGAUUGUAAAUAAAAACUUAUGAUUUGGUGA